CACCUCUUAAAGAAGGCUAUAAAGUUAUAAGAUAAUGAGAGGUUGAGGAUAUGUCAUUUGAGGACGUUAAGCAAUACAUCAGGAUGGUUGGUAAGUUGAUCUUCCUAACCAUCACUCAGCAUGACAUUUGUUUUGUUGCAAAGCAGGUGAGCCACUAUAUACAAACUCUCAAGAUGUACCACUGGAACAUAGUGGACAUGAUAUUCAAGUAUCUUAACGGAACCCCUAGUCAGGGUAUUUGUAUGAGAUGCAUUGAAAGUUCAAAAAGUGGCUAUUGUGAUGAUGAUUAGGCUGAAGAUAAAGUGGAAAAGAGAUACAACCGGCUAUUACACAUUUAUUGGAGUAAACUUAUUCACUUGGAAGAUAAAUAAAGAUAAGAUGGUAUCUUAUUCAGAAUAUGAGUAUAUAUAUAGCAAUUCAUAAGCUCAAAUCAAAGUCGUGCAUGUAUAUAUAAUUAAUAUAAGAGGUUGAAACUAAAAUGUCUCGGAUUUUAUAGAAACUAUAAUAGUAAAUAAUAUUGUCACAGAAAAAAAAAACAACGUAAACAUCAACAAAAUAAAUAUUUUUUUUCUAAACAUAAUAAUGUUCUAUUCUUUUAUGCAAAAUCGUGACUGAACUUUAAUUUAAUAUUCAUAAACAGUUUCUUUAUGAAAGAUAUAACCAAUUACUAAAUAUUUUCAUUUUUUCACUAAAACUUUUCUAUUUUAAAUUUUUAUUUGGUUAUUCUAUUAUUAAAACUACGACCAUGUUCAUAAGACCAUAAUAAUCAAUAUUUUCUUACUUUUUUUUAUCUAACCCCUAUUCAGCUUAUCCAAAUUGCUAUAAAAUUUGCAACACAAAUCCAUAUAAUCUAUGUUAUCUUCUAUUAUUUAAGACUAAAAUAAUAUAAUUAAUAAAAAUGUCUCUAAAACAAUAACUAUCACAAAAUGCCCGCUUAAUUAAUGCCUUUAGAGGAAGUUCUGUAAGUGUAAAGAUGAUACCACAAUACAGUAAUCCAGAAGAGAUAAAUCAAGAGACAAAAUAUGAUACAAGCAAACAACUAUUACUUUAUUAGAAAUCGUCCGAACAAACUAUACAAGACUUGUUUAAUCAAUUUUACACAGUCUAUUAACACCCUAAUAGCUGCUACUGUAAGAUUCAUAAUCUACCCAAACAUGUUUCUCCAUUGUCGGUACUUCAACAUUUGCUUUAGCACAAUCCAAGAACACCCCUAAAACAUUUUCACCCUUCCUCUAUAAUAAUACCCCCAGUGUCUUAUGGAAUACACACGACUCCAUAGUCAUUUUAUAGUGAUCUCCGUGUUCCCAAAACCUUUUGUCCAAGAAACAUGGAUAUGGACAACUUCCAUAUAAAUAAGUACAUUUUCUUUUUCUUGAAAUUGUACUUAUUGCUCAAAGCAUAAAUUUGCUCUCUAAAUUUAUAUCUUGUAUUUUCUCCGUGGUAUAAACUUGCUUCUCAAAUUUUAUCCCACACCAUCUUAACAUUUUGCAUCCACAUGGUCUCCACCGCUCUGUAUGCCUCAUUCUUACAUCUAUUUUCAUUUGAUCGAAAGAAAAAGUAGUUGUGAUUUUUUUCCAAUUUUAUGGCUAUUAGGUAGAUAUAAAAUAAUUAAGACCUACAACUAAUUUCUAAAGAGUUUUGAAAGAAGAUUAACAAUUUAAAGAAUAAUCAACAAUUAAAAAGAUUAUUACUUCAAUAAUGCCAUGGGUGUUAGUUAGAUCAAUUAGAUCUGUUUGUAACUUAGUUAAAUGGCAAUGUGAUUUUUGAGUUGGAGAAAGCUAUUUUGAACAUUAAACACAUAAAAACCUGAAAGUAAAAAAAAAAAGAAAGAAAGAACCUGAAAGUAUAUAGAGAAAAUGACACAAAGAACACUAAAUGAAGUUUUCCUCCCCAAACUAGCACUCAGGAUCAGAAUUCACAAAAAUAGGUUUCAUUAAAGGGGCAAUUUACCCUUAUGCCCCCUUCUUUAACUAAUUUAAAAAACAAAUUUGAAAUCAAUUUGUCGCCGUCCUCGUUUCAUCGCUUCUUCUUCUCGUCUCUCCGUCGUCGUCGUCGUUGUCUCUCCGUCGUCGUCUCCCCGUCCUUGUCGUCGUCGUCUCUCCGUCGUCGUCGUCGUCGUCGUCUCUCCGUCGUCGUCUUCGCCUCUCCGUUGAUCCGUCGUCGUCGUCUCUCCGUUUAUUUAUCGUCGUCGUCGUUUCUCAAUUGAUCUGUCGUUUCUACGUCUAUUCAUCUCAUUCUCUCUCUCGUGUGUCUGAUUUGAUUAAGGUUUGAAUCAUUUCAUUUUGUUAUACAUUAUCUAGGUUUUGUUAUAUAUUAUUCAUUUGUUGAUGAUUUGAAGUUGAUUUUGUAGAACAAUGGAAGUUUUGUGCAUCUGUGGACAAUGGAUCUCAAAAGAAUCUCUCCAGUGGGAGUUUCUUGUUGAUUUGAAGAGGAAUGCAUCAAUCAUUUCCAUAGAAGAAGAUCUACUGUAUGAAGAUUUGAUGAAGAUUGUCUCUGAAGAUUUUAGUGUUAAAGAGGAAGAAAUCAGUUUGAGUUAUGGUUUUUCAUUGGAUAUGAAAUGUAUUAUUGAAAGUUUCCCCCCACUCUCGAUAGGUAAUACUCGUCAGCUCAGAACUUUCAUUUCCAAGACUAGAGCAUUUGAUGGAACCUGUCGUUUGUGUGUUAAGGUUAGUACUGAUCCAGUUAGCUGUAACACUCAAGCUUCUGAUACAUUUGCUUCUACUGUUCCAUUGAAUGCCAAUCCAGCGAUUCUUUCUACUGUGCAGAGUGAAAAACAGAGUCUUCUAUAUGAAGGUGUUUCUACAGUUCCUCUGAAUGCUCUUCCGGAUUUUAGUACUGAUUCAGCUAGCUGUAACAUUCAAGCUUCUGAUACAUUUGCUUCUACUGUUCCAUUGAAUGCCAAUCCAGUGAUUCUUCCUACUGUGCAGAGUGAAAAACAGAGUUUUCUAUAUGAAGGUGUUUCUACAGUUCCUCUGAAUGCUCUUCCGGAUUUUAGCCCUGUCCAUAUUGGACUUUCACCAAACACGAGAGUAGCUGGCGAUAUUAAGGUGAAUAGCUAUUUUAAGACAAAGAGAGAGUUGAUGUUGAGGAUGAAGAAAUGGGCUUUAGAGUGGAAGUUUGAGUACAAGACUGUCUCUUCUAACAAGUCAAGAGUGCUUUUGAGUUGUGUUGAUGAAAAUUGCACGUGGAGGAUGCGUGCUAUCAAGCUACCUGUUUCAGAUUUUUUCGUUGUUAAAAAGUAUGUUCAUGAGCAUACAUGCGAUACAACACACAGGAAAGCCAACCACAGACAAGCAUCUGCAAAGUUGUUGGGUUCUUUGAUUUCCAGCAAUUAUGGAGAAAAAAAGGAAGGUCUCAAACCGAAACAGAUCAUUGAACAGGUCAGGAUGCUGCAUGGUGUUCACAUCAAUUACAAACAAGCUUGGAGAGUGAGAGAAGAAGCUCAGAUUUUGGUUAGAGGGACUCCUGAAGACAGCUAUUACAAUUUGUCUAGGUGGUUGUAUAAAAUCACAGAAACAAACCCUGGUUCCUUGACUUAUCAACAUGUUGAUGCUGCAGGAAAGUUCAAGUAUGCAUUUGUGGCUUUUGGUCCAUCGAUAAGGGGAUUUUCAUUGAUGAGGAGAGUUAUUGCAGUAGAUGGUACAUUUCUGAAGGGAAAAUUCAAUGGGACUUUAUUGGCAGCUUGUGCUCAAGAUGGGAAUUAUCAUCUAUAUCCUCUCGCCUUUGCAGUGGUUGACGCAGAAAACGGCGCCUCUUGGAAAUGGUUCUUUAGAGGUUUGAGCCAGAAGAUCCCGGACGCUUCGGAUCUUGUUUUUGUAUCAGACAGGGCUAACUCCAUUUCUUCAGCGUUGGAGGAUGUAUAUCCCUUAUCUCACCAUGGAAUUUGCAGGAUCCAUCUGCUCCGCAACAUCACUCCUACAUAUGCGAAGACUGGGUUGCUACCUCUGGUGGAAAGCGCUGCUGAUGCCUAUACGUGUCACGAGUUCUGGUUAAUCUUCAAGGACAUAAAGGAUAAAUGUCCUGAAUUGGCUAAGUAUCUGGAAGAGUCUGAUUUUAGGAAGUGGGCACGAAGCUAUGCGCCUGCGAACAGGUAUAAUAUCAUGACUACCAACAUUGCAGAGUCUCUCAAUUCUAUGUUGAAGAUGCCUCGUGAGUUGCCCAUUAUCUCUCUCCUUGAAACUAUCAGAUUGACGAUGACCACUUGGUUUUUUGAGCGACGCGAAGCGGCUGCGAAACAUAAGCACCUGGUUACUCCAAAAGUUGUUCAGAAAUUGGUAUCUAGGUUAGGGGCCGCAAUGUUGUUGAAUGUGUAUCAAGUUGAUCGAAGCGAGUUUGAGGUGAAGAAUGAAACAAUGAAGUUUGUUGUUGACUUGGAGAAGCGGCAUUGCACAUGUAAUGUUUUCGACAUUGACAAGAUCCCCUGCAUCCAUGCCAUCGCUGCUGCUAAGCAUAUCAAGAGAGAUGAAAACCGUUUUGUUGAUGCUUCUCACUUGACAGAAACGUGGGCUAAAGCUUAUGCUGAAAGCAUACAUCCUGGUGGAGAGUUGUCAACGUCCACCUAUCCAGAGAAUAUUGAUGAACUGUCUUGCCCACCUCCAGCUACCAAAAAGAAAAGUGGACGCCCUCCUACAAAGAGAAAGAGAUCCGUUGGCGAGUUUGGGGUUCCUGGAUCUAAAUCUCAGUCCCACAAGUGCAGCAGAUGUGGCACAGGAGGGCACAACAAGAUCACAUGCCAGAGGCCUAUAGGAUGAAGUUCUACAUUUUUACAUUUUUAUCGAUUAUUAUUUGGAUGUUUGGCUAUUUGAUGGUUACAUGAUAUGCACAAGACCAUAUACAUUUUUUCUUUUGGAACCCUAUCCUGAAUAAGUAUGAUUUCUUACAACUUUUGUAAUAUACAACAUUAUCUUUUGAUCUCAUUUCAAUUUUUAGUUUAAACUUCUUUGCUAGAAAAAAACACAGUAAUAUUCAACUAUUCUGGAAUCCCAUCCAACUUUUGUAACAUCCAACUUUUGUAAUAUACAAUGUAUUAUACUAUAAAUUGUAUGGGUAAAUUCAAUUAUGUGGAAGCAACUAACAGAUGAUUCUCCUCAGCCUAGCGGCUAAACCACGAAACCUAUGAUACCGAAACAUUUGAUCGACCCGGGUUCGACUCUCCUACGAGUAAUGGGUGAUUUUUUUUUUUUGUUCAA